AUGAAUGAAGACUUAUAUAUUAAAAUAGGAAAAUUAUAUAGCGCGUAUGAUUAUUAUGAAACUCUUCUUAUUUCUGCUGAACAUAAUAUAGCUUUUGAAUCAUUAUAUAUUUAUUUUAAUCCAAUUACUGCAAUAUAUAAAGAGCUUUUAGAAACUACACAUAGAGAAAAGGAGAUAUACGGAGAAAUAAUAAAUGUAACGAACGCAAAAAAUAUGAAAAAUUUCAUUCCUAUUGUAACGACAGCAUUUAUUACCAUAAUAAUAUUAAUAAUCUCAUUUUAUCUAUAUAUGUUUACGCCAUAUGGAAUGCAUAUUCUCCAUCUUAUUAGAAGAAUAAAAAAAAAUAUUGAGGAAUAUGGAUACCAAGAUACAUCAAUUUCAAAUGCAUGA